GCUGGAAGCGUCACAUCUGCGUUUCUUGGAGCUUCACGCAGCGGGUGGUAAAAUUCUGAGAUUUUACAGGCCCACACUAGGCACAACGUCGGUGAGGAACAUCGCUGACAGAGAUGGCGCCAAUUAAAUCAAUGCACGAAAGAAAUAGAUACAAGGACAUACCUCCUGACUUUGCAUAUCUGGCAUCCAAAUACCCAGAUUUUAAGCAGCAUGUUCAGAUAAAUCUGAAUGGAAGAGUAAGUGUUAAUUUUAAAGACCCUGAAGCAGUCAGAGCUCUGACUUGUACUCUCCUAAAGGAAGAUUUUGGACUUUCUAUUGAUAUUCCAUUGGAGAGACUAAUUCCCACAGUUCCGUUGAGACUCAACUAUAUUCAUUGGGUGGAAGAUCUGAUUGGUCAUCAGGACUCUGACAAAAGUACUCUCCGAAGAGGAAUCGACAUAGGUACUGGGGCAUCCUGCAUCUAUCCCUUACUUGGAGCAACCUUAAAUGGCUGGUAUUUCCUUGCUACAGAAGUGGAUGAUAUGUGUUUCAACUAUGCAAAGAAAAAUGUGGAACAGAAUAACUUAUCUGAUCUCAUAAAAGUGGUAAAAGUGCCGCAAAAGACACUCCUGAUGGAUGCUCUUAAAGAAAAAUCUGAAAUAAUCUAUGAUUUUUGUAUGUGCAACCCCCCCUUUUUUGCUAACCAAUUGGAAGCCAAGGGAGUAAACUCUCGAAAUCCUCGAAGACCUCCACCUAGUUCUGUAAAUACCGGAGGUAUCACAGAGAUAAUGGCAGAAGGAGGUGAAUUAGAAUUUGUUAAGCGGAUCAUCCAUGACAGUUUACAGCUUAAAAAAAGAUUAAGGUGGUAUAGCUGUAUGUUGGGAAAAAAAUGCAGUCUGGCUCCGCUGAAAGAAGAGCUUCGCAUCCAAGGGGUUCCCAAAGUUACCUUUACUGAGUUUUGUCAAGGUCGGACAAUGAGAUGGGCCUUAGCUUGGAGUUUUUAUGAUGAUGUCACAGUACCAUUACCACCAAGUAAGCGAAGAAAAUUAGAGAAGUCAAGAAAACCCAUUACAUUUGUAGUGUUGGAGUCUGUGAUGAAAGAAUUAUCCCUCAAAGCAUCAUCUUUGGGCUCUGAGACAGUGGAGGGCAUAGUGGUUGUGACAACAUGGAUAGAAAAAAUUCUCACUGAUUUAAAGGUCCAGCAUAAACGAGUUCCCUGUGGAAAAGAGGAAGCUAGUCUUUUCCUGACAGCCAUAGAAAACUCCUGGAUUCACUUAAGGCGAAAGAAAAGAAAGCAAGUGAGACAGCUGAGGGAAGUGCCUCGAGCUCCUGAGGAUGUCAUACAGGCCUUGGAGGAGAGAAAAGCCAUCCCCAGAGAGUCGGGCAAUAGCCAGGAUGUGGCCCUGAGCCCCCAGGAGGGUACCCUUUGUGGGUCUACUCUGCAGGAGGGCGAGUCUGCCACUGUUGGGGGCUACUGCCCAAGCCAGGAGUCACUGUCCCAAGAGGAAACCCCAGAACCCAUGGAGGAUGAAAGGAGUGAGGAAAGGGGAGGGGAGGAGGUUGUGGAAAGUUGUAAAGUCUCUUGCAACGAAACCCAGGACCGAGAGGCUUCUGAGCAAUAUAGCAACCCAGGGGCCGAAAAGGGGAAGCCCCUCCAAGGAGCAGCUGGACAUUACCUAUUUAAGUGUUUGAUAAACAUUAAGAAGGAAAUGGAUGAUGCCUUAGUUGAAAUGCAUUGGGUUGAGGGCCAGAACAGAGAUUUGAUGAACCAGCUUUGUACCUAUAUACGUAACCAGAUUUUCAGGCUUGUUGCUAGUUAACUCCAUACUUCUUGCAGUUACAAGAGUGUCUAUAGAGGACUGGGGGUGUAGCUCAACUUCGCAUGCGGAAGGCCCUGAGUUCCAUCCCCAGUACCACCCCCCCUCAAAAAAAAAAAAAAAGUCUAUUAAACAAAUUGUUUGGAGUAGCCUAAAUGGUGGCAAGAGGAAUUUUACCACUGGCCUAUUAGUAGUAUUAUGUGGAAUUAUCUUAAAAAGCAGAAAUCAAUCCAUUUUAUUAAAGUUAUAAGGAGUUAUAGUUCAGUAGUUCAGGAGGAAGAAUUAUGGUUGUCAGCAACAACAAAAAGAUGUAAACUCAGGAGGGAUUUAAAACUGACUCAAGCUGGUCACCUCCGCUUUGGACUGAUUUCAUGAGGCUAAGGUAUCGUUUGUGGUGUCUGGUCUUGGGUCAGCACUUCCCAGAACAUCAUGGUUUGGUUCCCCAGGGUCUUCAUGAAGAGAAGACACUCUUGUCCUCCAAUGGAGAGCAGAACAGAAAGGCCCUAGAGCCUACUUCUAGAGUUACCUUUAAGACUAAACCUCUGCACCCUGGGUACAUAUGAUUGAUUAACUGUGCUCCAGUCCCCAGAGAUGAGCUGGCCUGAUGGGAGAUGGUGGGAGAGUUGGGAGGAGAAACCUUAAUAAGAUCAGGAAGAAGGGCCCCUCUGGGAUACGCCUGGGAAAUGGCACAUUGCUGACUCCUGGCUAUUUUGAUAUUGCUUAUUUCAGAAGCAGAAUUAAAUGAACAAAACUCCUAGAUACGACUGAGACAACAAAAUACACCCAUACCCAUUUUGUAGCAGUUUUGCCACUGUUUGGUUUUUGUUGAAACACAAGAAGUGGAACUUGUUUUAUUUUUAAUAUAAGAAUAUUCAGAAUUAAACUGUCAAUACUGUUUGAAUCCUGGGAUUGGGGAAAAUACUUUCAUAGAGAAUGAUGGUAAAAAUGUGAACAAGGCACUGUGUGCAGUAGUAGCUUAAGAAAGCCUCUAUUGGCAGGUAAUUUGUUGCUGAUCAAGUGCUGCUUUUUUAUGUCUUCCCUUGUAAUCCCUUCUGUGCAUUACCUGCUAGCACUGGAGCAUUCUGGGGUCAAGUUAACCGUGUCAUCAGAACAUGUUUCUAAUCCAAAUGCCAGAGUUCAGCAGAUAUCUCUGGAAGGCAUUCUUGGUUUUUGUUCUCUUAGUGUCUCAGUAAACCAUUUCUGUGCAUGAUUCA